ACAACUUCCGGGUCAGAUGUCAUUCUUACACGUUACAGGUGUUGCACAGUUGCCGGUUUUUUGUGUUUAAUUUUUCCAGAUUUGUUAUCAAUGACGAAGCAAGGAUACUGGGGCAGAAAGAAAAAGAAGGAAAAUGGUAACAAACAAGAAACAAAGCCCCCCAAGCAGACACCGAGUACAGGUAGUAAGAGAAGAAGGUGUUGUGGAGGGGGAUGUCUGGGAUUUAUCUUCCUUUUGUCUGCUCUAGUUUGUGGAAUAGCACUGUUUUAUGAAAGUAAAGAUUUCCACAAGAAUUUGGAUUAUGUUGCGAGGCUACAUGCAGGAGAUGAAUUUGUGGAUGCAGUGUACUUGAAAGCCUCAGAUAUCUGGGAGAGUGUGAAACCCUAUGCAAUGUUAGUUCAGGAGAAAGGGAUAGAACUCUUUCACAAAGGGAGAGAACUUUUCUACAGAGCCAAAGAAGGGAUGGAAAAUUUACUAAAAGAUAAAAAGGCAGAAGAAGAAGAAGCUCAGAAGGAAAAGUUAGAGGUGGAGAAGAGGUUGGCAGAAGAGAGAAGAAAGGCCGAAGAAAAAAGAUUGGCAGAAGAAAAGAAAAAGGAAGAAGAGAAGAGAUUAGCUGAAGAAAAGAGGAAAGAAGAAGAAAGAAAAGCAGAAGAAAAGAGGAAAGCUGAAGAGAAAAGAUUGGCAGAAGAAAAGAGAAAGGCUGAAGAAAAGAGAUUAGCUGAAGAGAAGAGGAAAGAAGAAGAAAGAAAAGCAGAAGAAAAGAGGAAAGUUGAAGAGAAAAGAUUGGCAGAAGAAAAGAGAAAGGCUGAAGAAAAGAGAUUAGCUGAAGAGAAAAGGAAAGAAGAAGAAAGAAAAGCAGAAGAAAAGAGGAAAGCUGAAGAGAAAAGAUUGGCAGAAGAAAAGAGAAAGGCUGAAGAAAAGAGAUUAGCUGAAGAGAAGAGGAAAGAAGAAGAAAGAAAAGCAGAAGAAAAAAGGAAAGCUGAGGAGAAAAGAUUAGCAGAAGAAAAGAGAAGAGCUGAAGAGAAAAGAUUGGCAGAGGAAAAGAGAAAGGCUGAAGAACAGAGAUUAGCUGAAGAGAAGAGGAAAGAAGAAGAAAGAAAAGCAGAAGAAAAAAGGAAAGCUGAGGAGAAAAGGUUAGCCGAGGAGAAGAGAAAAGCUGAGGACAAAAAGAAAGAGGAAGAAAAGAGGCUAGCAGAGGAGAAAAGAUUAGCUGAGGAGAAGAAGAAAGCAGAAGAGAAAAGAAUUGCAGAGGAGAAGAGGAAAGAGGAAGAAAGAAAAGCAGAGGAAAAGAGAAAGGAGGAGGAAAAAAGAAUUGCAGAAGAAAAGAAAAAGGCAGAGGAGAAAAAGAAAACUGAAGAGAAAAAAAGUGAUGAGGAAAAGAAAGAAGAAAAGAGAAAAGCUGAAGAAAAGAGAUUAGAGGAUGAAAAUCUUGAAGCAGAAAUGAAAAGGUUGGAAGAAGAAUUCAAGAAACAUGAGGAAGAGAGGCAAGCUGAGGAGAGGAAAAAAGAAGAAAAGAAAAAAGAGGAAGAGAGAAAAAUGGAACAGGAAAAGAAGAAAGGAGAAGAAAAAAGACUAGCAGAGGAGAAAAAGAGGUUGGAGGAGCAGCAAAAAGCAAGUGAAAAGAAAAGGCAGGAAAAAAUAGAGGAAGAGGAGAAUGUUAAUUAUGAGAAGGCUUCAUAUCCCAAGAAAGACAUAACCAAUGAUGAGGAUUACAUGAUAAGUGACUUGCUUGAUGUUGGGGAUGAUUAUUUACAGCAGAAAAUGCUGAAUGAAGCCAAAGAUCAUUUUGACCAUCUGUUAUCGGAGUAUCCACACAGUCCACGAGCUAUGUAUGGCAAAGCCUUAACACUUGAUAAACUGGCUGAGCAACAGAGGAGCAACAAGUUGCUGGAGGAAUCUAUAGCAAUGUUGCAGAGGGUGAUGGAUGCUAAAGAUGCCCCCGAUGGACUUGUGAAACAAGCAGGCUUGAUGCUGGGAGAAAAAUUAACUUUCAGAGGCUGGAUGUCCAAAGCAGCUAAUACUUAUGAGAGUCUGGCGAACAAGUUUCCCUCCGACCUGAGUCUGAGAAAUAAGCUUGGUGUGGCCUACAUGAUGAUGGGACAGAAUGAAAAAGCCAGACGUGUGUUCUCUGAUAUUCUCCAAAAGGACAAAGGUGAUUCUUUUGCUCGGGUCCAUCUGGGAUUCAUUGUCAAGGUCACUGACAACAACCCAAGGGAGGGAAUUCCCCUUUUAAGGGCCAUCAUGGAGAGUAACAAUAAGGACAUACAGCAAGGGAAGUUCUAUUUCCACCUGGGAGAUGCAUACCAGAGACUGAACCAAACAGACAAGGCAUAUGAAGUAUAUGAGAGAGGAGUAAAGAAAAAGUUGUUUCUAUCAAAGUAUCAGCGCUCUCUGUAUAACUGUGAUGGGGUUAAGGGACAACCUUGGUGGACACCAGAGGAAACAGGGUAUCAGCAGUAUCUCAAGAUCUUGACUGACAAUUGGAAACUAAUCAGAGAUGAGGGACUGAAGCAGAUUGAUCCAAAAUCAGGCAGCUUUAUUCCAGAGGAGGAAAAUUUACUGGAUAAAGGCCAAUGGAAGCAGUUUACACUAUAUGCUAGAGGUAAGAAGAAUGAAAAGAAUUGUGCCAAAGUUCCCAGAGUGUGUGAACUUAUUGACCGCAUUCCACCAGCUAAGUCCUGUACAAGAGGACAGGUAAAAUACUCUCUGAUGAAGCCUGGAGUUCAUGUUUGGCCUCACUGUGGACCAACAAACUGUAGAAUCAGAGCCCACUUGGGACUGGUCAUACCAGAGGGUCCAAAAAUUAGAGUGGCCGAUGACACAAGAACUUGGAAGGAAGGCCAGUUCAUCAUUAUUGACGAUUCCUUUGAACAUGAAGUAUGGCACACAGGAACCAAAGAUCGCCUGAUCCUGAUUGUGGAUUUUUGGCAUCCAGAUCUUGAUGAAAAAACAAGGAAAACAUUGGAUCCUAUAUGAGUUGAGGAGGAUGCUUCUAGGAUUUUGUUAAUUAAUGAACUAUUUUUACAAAAAAAAAAAAAUUGUCUUCUUUCUGAAAAUCUGUUGAGUUGGUUAUGAAAAUGGUGGAGGUUAUAUGGAAAAAGAAUCUAGAUGAAUAGUUUGAUGCUACGUGUAUGUGAAAAUUAUUUAAUGUAUGUUUGUGUGGAUGGAGGCAUAAAAUAGAAAUUGUGUGUUUGUAAACUAACACAGAAGAAUGAUGUUUUAAAAAUGUAUUGUUAUAGAAAUAAUGGUAUAGUAGUUUAAUACAUAAGUUAUAUAAAUGAUGUAGAAAAAAUAUGAUAUCCAGAUUAUGAAUCAAAACUGUUGAUCGUUUGAAAGAAGUUUUGUGUGUGUUUUUAACUGUUUUAGAAAUGCAGCCUUUUACCAUACAGUGAAAAUUGACUUGCUCUUUAUAUGGUUGAAUAUGAAUAAUAUAAUGUAUCCCACAUCCAUUUUCAGUGACUUGAAUUCAUAAAAGAUCUCAAGAAGCUUGGCAUGUACAUAAAGUCAUUGCUGGUGUGGCUAUAAACCUACACAAGUCUAUUUUCUUUCACCACCAUUACAUUUCAAAGGGAAAUAACUGAGAUCUCAUGAUUGUACUAAAAUUCUAUGCAAUGUACAUAUAUAAAUACUUGACAUCACUUUUUAUAAAGGCUUUGCACAGAUCAUGUGAUUUUGACAAAUACAUCUAUGUAUGCUUUUUGUUAUUAAAGCAAUUACAUUUAAUACAAUUAGAUAUUCCGAAAUAUUUCUGUCAUAUCAUGCAUGCAUAUUCAGAAAAAUGUCAUAAAUGAGUUUAAUGAUUUUUAUGAUGUACAUUCAUAUAAAUUUUUCAAUAGAUUUAAAAAAAUCUAUGAACAGAAUACACAUCAAAAUGGAAAACAUCUUGCCUUUGAACAAGCUAAUGGAUGUUUUGUGUGUGAUUUUUUGGAGCAUGAAUGAUAACCAUUUACCAAGGCUAGGUUGUACCGUUAUAUGUUAAUGUGAUAUACACAUUAUUUUGCUAAGACAGAGUAAUAGUAAACUGCUUUAUCCCACCAGACAAUACAUGUAGUUUUGAUUAGAAGGAACCUUUUUUAUGUUUUGAAUGGGAAUAAUUCACACAUUUCUCAAAAUUUUUGAAAUGGCAGUAUUUGCUUUUGAUCACAGUGUUUCUGAUUAAAUUUGCAAAAUGAUGAUUUUUAGAUAUAAAGUUUACCUGUUUUUAGCCAGAGUUAAAUGUUUGUGAGUUAUUGUUAUUUAUACAAACAUGUUAAUAGAUUAUUGUUAUUGAUCUAGUCUAUUUGUUAAAAGGGAAUAUUUUAUAAAGACAUGUUAGUAAUUCAGAUCUGUAAAAUAAAAUUUUGUUUCCCCACAGUGAAAGGUUGUUCUAUGUAUAUAGCAGGGGUAAUUUAUUUCAGGAAAGUAUAAGAUUUGGAUAAAAAUGAAAUUGGUGCAAAUAUUAAGUUGCAAUAAUAAUUAUCAAUAUUAACUAUGCAAAUCUGUUGUAUUGUGACAAAAGAAAAUGUCAUAAGAAUGUUGUUAUUUUUUCAUCAGGGGUUUACCAAAAUUUUUGUUAUUUUUUUAUCUGAAGAUGUGAAUUAUUCAUUGUCUAAAUGUGCCAUGAAAUCUAAAAACAAAACAUUCCAAAGCUUUAUGCGAUAAUGCUACUGCUUUAUGUAUUUUGGUGCAUAUAAACCCAUUCACAUUGACAAUUAAGCAAUAUAUUUUCUUUUUUUGUUGUACCGUAUAACUGCUUUUUUAAAAUGAAAUGAAAAUUUUGUGAAAAUGAAGUCACACAGCGCUAUUUUUAAUUUCUGAGAUCAUAUUUUGUUUUUGUUUUUUUUUUUUCAAAUGUUAGAUGAUGAGUUAUCUCCCUUUUCAGGUGACUUUUUAU